AUGUCGCUGUCUUUUUUAUCUGGAAUCGGUGAACUCGGCCGCAUAUAUGAAGAAACCAAUAGUACUGAAUCAUCUGAUUCUUCAUCAUGCGAGGAGCUUGUGGACCAUCAGACGUACUACCUUGCUGUCCUUGGUCCAGCGGUUGUGUUUACAUUGUUGCUGUCCUUCACAGAGAAAAGGAGAUUUAAAAAGACAGACUGUUGCGGAGGGAGACCUGGCCUGGUGUAUCCUCAGGAUGUCAUUGGCCGAUCAAAUCGAGUGUCGUACGCCGCUGCAUUUGGCUCCAUAGCCUACCUUUGCUCUGGUGUGGUGUUUGAGGGGAGGUAUGCGAUCGACUAUUCAGGACCACUCUAUCUGAAAGUUUUUAUCCUGUUGCUGUCUAUGUUGAUCUAUGGUAUCGGAUAUUACCCAUUGUUUCUGUCCUUGGCCUUGGAUUCCAUUCCCGGAUAUAUUAUUGGUAUCUUAUACGCCUGGACUAUUACGGGUAUGAACUUCGCCAAAACCUUCCACUGUCCCUUAUUGACAUCCCUGGAAAUUGGGCUUCUAGUUAUCAGAGGGUUUCCUGAGUUCGUGUGUCAGGUUUACCUGUGUUUUAGUCUUCCGGUUCGAUUGGUCCUGCGGAUUCGUCGACGAAACAUUGUGACGUCAAGGGAUGUACAAGAGGAAGCCAGAACAUGUUACUCUGGACUUCAUGUUCGAAAACUUUUUGAGAAACCGAAACCACCAAAGCCAGAGCCUGUCACGAUACGCGAAAAAAUCAUCGUAUUAAUAAAAUCCUUGCCUGCUAAGCUGCUCUACUUCAACAUUCCGAAAUUUCGUUAUUCCGGUCGUGUUCUCUCUGUCUUUGCUAUUGCUUUCAUCAUUAUGUACCAGGUAACCGUGGAAUUGAUAGUUGCGGCUGUUUCCCUCUUCUCAUGGGUGGAGGUGUUCCUAUCAAUAGCUCUUGUCGAAGUUGGACUUGAUGAAGUCCCUGGAGAAGACGAAGCUAUCACAUCGAUGAGAGAAAUACUUAUGCUUCUAUUCUAUAUUUCUUCUGCUGUUAAAGGCUGUUUUCUUACCGCGGUGGUAUGUGGAUUCGUCCUGGGAUGUGUUCUGAUACUGCAUUCACUUUGCACAUACAGAAUGUUCCUCUUGGAUUCCUACAAGGGUAACCAUCAGUUUUUGAUACCGAAAGAAGACAGUAGCAACGCCAGUAAAUUAGUAGGAUUCAUGCGAUAUGCCGGAUAUCAAGUGGCUUAUAUAGGGUGGGGGUACUUUGUGCAGAUCAUUGUUCUAUUUGUGGUGUCAAUAGUGAUAGCCUCAGUUGUCAUAAUGUUCCAGUUCGGAAUUGGUGGUUGGAUCAUUGACAAAAUCCAUGCAGUGUGGCCCGUUCUAUUGACCACGUUGGUUGUUAACAUCAUGCAGCUGUUAAUGGCAAGAUGUGUGUUCCUUCAGAAAAGAGGAGAAUUCUUGGCUUUAAACAACAGACGCCUGUUCUUCGUCGUGGUGUAUUUUAUGUUCUUUUACAACAUCUUCCUGGGUCUGGUUUCGUGCCUAUUGAGGAUCCUUAAGGCCAUAGCAAUUGGGGCUUUCUUUCUCCCACGACUGGACCACAGCACACUGCCCAGGCGAUUCCAGUGGUUUGAUCCAGGUUUUGCUGCAUAUUGUGGGUUUAUGUACGUUGAAAGUGAGCAUACAAAUCCCGUUGCGAUUACUUUCAUCAAAAUGCUAAAAAUAGAAACACUAAAAACAAAGGAAUUGGCUGCUGGAACUACGAUAACAAGAACUGGACGAAAACGCGUAGAGUCGAAAUAUAUUCAUUUAACUGAGAGAAAUGGUGAAUCCAUUGACAACUUAGAUGCCCAACGCAAGUCUAGACAGGCGUUAUUUCGAUGGCAAACAGCGUACACACUGAUAAGGAAUCCCGAACUUAUGGUACGGAGAAAGUUCGACAUGAUGAGAAGUUUGGAACUCCUUGGAAAGUUGAAUGAACCAAUUAAAAAAGCAGACAAAGAGGCAGAAGCAAUGGUGUAA